AUGGUUAAAAGGUGUGCUUGGGGCACUUGUAAAAGCGAUAGUCGCUAUCCAGAAAGAUUAAAAACAGAAGAUGGUAAAAUAAUAAAAUUCCACAGUUUUCCAUCGGCAAAAAAGUUUAAAGAACGAAGGGAAAAAUGGAUUCGGGCAUGCUGUCGUGGUGAUGCUUUCGAAUGUAAGAAGGACAGCUAUAUUUGAAGUCUUCACUUUCUUGGCCAACAAGGACCAACAAAGGAGAAUCCAAUUCCUUUUCCAGCCAAUGCUAACAAAGAAAAGGUAUUGUAUUUUAAAUAUUCUGAACGAGAUUUGAAAUUUGACUGUUCGAAAAUCGAAAUAUACUUGUUUAAAACCGUAUUAAUACUGUAUACAGAUUGUGAGACUGAGCCGAAAGAGAAAAUCGCCAACCAAGCGAAGUCAAACAACCAAACGAAUCCGCAAAUCAGACGAAAGUUCAGCUGCAGAUGUGUUGUUGAUGCUACUUAAUGGUCCUGUAAAGAGCAGUAAUGAUGUUUCUGUUGCCAAAUCGAUGUAUAACGAUGAAAGGCAACUGGAGUCAGAGCCUGCCUGUCAUACAACUGAAAAUUGUCCUACAACUGAAAAUUGUUCUACAACUGAAAACUGUUCUACCACUAUUCCACAACAUGUCAGCGAUGAAGCUCAGGUAAACAUAUUUGUUUUCAACUCUUGGGAGCUAGUAAAUUGCGUGUAUAAUUAUUUGUAUUUAAUAUGUGUCUUCAAUAGACAACCAUUGAGAUGUGUCACCUGAGUCCUUACACAGAUUUAUUACUGUCAGAUAAAGAGAAUCUGAGAAGGUCAUUGUUUGUUGAAACUGUAAUGGAUCCUAAAAAAACUCACCAUUAUACUGGUAAGUUCGAACUUUGAAGUCUGAAUGCUACAGCCCAUUUUGGGCCUGUUUACAUGGAGGUUGAGUAACCCAAGUAGUGAGGUUACCCCACUAACAGGGUCAAGAAGGGUCACCCUACCACUAGGGUUAUGUUGCACUGAUAGGGUAACCCUACCUAUGCAUGGUAACUAAGCUGGUUGUAUUUAAAAAUGCAAGUGAGCAUGAACUUUUGGGCGGCAAGUUGUAUACAUUUGUGUACACAUUUUUGCUCAGUGUUGCAUUCCUAAAAUAACACAUGACCCGCUUGCUAGGGUAAACAUACCUGACACGUUUACAUGGCUUAUGUAAACAACAUAGGGUCACUAUAUUUGAUAGGGUUACCCUACCCUAGGGUAAUCCUAGCACGUAUGUAAACACACACUAUAAAACACAUUAGACUAGGGUCCGUAACUCUGCUGCUAGGGUAACUCUGCUGCUAGGGUCACCCUACCUCCAUGUAAACAGGCCCUUAGUGUUCAUAUGUAUCAAAUGUUAAUUACAUGGCUCUUUGGCAGGUCUUGAAAAGCAAGUGUUCCUUGCUCUGUUUGAAUUGAUUAAAGAAAAGGCAUCCAUGCUAUACACAUGGAAAGGGAAAAGAAUGACAAGAAACAAUAGUGAAAAAAAUCACUAUUUAAAGGUGAUUAAAAUAUGAUUUGGGGAAUAUUAUUUACAAUAUAAAAUCUCAGUCCCUCCACUCCCUCACCUCGAUUACUUUUUCAUUUCAGCAUAAAUAUUCUUUCAAUAAACUAACAGUUAUGGAGCAAAUGAUCAUGGUCCUUGUACGGUUGCGACGUUUACCAAGCAUAAUUAUGCUCGCUGACAUUUUUGGCAUAUCAAUAGGUACUGCUAGCAGGAUUUUUAUGUCAUGGAUUUUGUUUCUGAAAGAAGAACUUGUGUUCUUGCUUCCAUUCUCAAGUGUUGAAGAAAUGUCAGGUCUUCCGAUUCCCAAGCCCUUUCAACAUAUUUGCAACAUCCGUGGGAUUAUUGAUUGCACGGAAUUCUACAUUGAAAAGCCAUUUAGAGUAGCUUCGCAGAGGUCCACCUACAGUUCAUACAAGUCAAGAAAUACAUUUAAAGCAUUCAUUUCAAUAUCCCCACUCCUGCAUAUUAACUUUAUCUCCAAGCUUUACACUGGAAGCGUCAGUGACAAAGAGAUUACUAGACAAUGUGGUUUCCUUCAACUGUUAAACCCAGGUGAUGUAAUUAUGGCAGACAAAGGGUUUAAUAUACAAGACUUAUUAGCAAUACAUCAUACAAGGCUACUUGCACCACCCAUAAUGAAAAAAGGCUGUAUUAAUGCCAAAUCAUCAAUAGCAACGAGAAGAAUAGCGAAGGCAAGAGUUCAUGUGGAACGCAUAAUAAGAAAGCUUAAAUGCUUCUGCUUUCUAAGAGGCACCAUCCCAUUGUCAUUUAAACCAUAUUUAAAUUCUGUUCUCAAAGUGUGUGCUGCUCUAGUAAAUUUGCAGCCAGCAAUCAUUCAAAACAAGACAGAUGAUGAUGAUGGGCUGAGUUUCAUGAACAGCAGUGAUGAUGAGUGUGAUGAUGAUGAGUGUGAUGAAGAUGAUGAUGUAUGUGAUGAUGAUAAUGAAUGUGCAUGA